GGCAGAGCACGGAGCACCGGGGACAGCACUGGGCAGAGCACAGGGCACUGGGCAGAGCACAGAGCACCGGGCACAGCGCCAGUCCCGGCUGCGGGUCCUGAGCAAGCCGGUGGUUUGGUGCUGUGAGCUGGGUGGGUGCUGUGCCACCCACGCACAGUCAUCACGCAACAGGAGAUCACAGUGGGCGGGAUCGAUCCGGGCAGCGGGUGACGAUCCCGGGGAUGACACGCUCGCGUAGCGCGCCAAAAGGCAUCAUUUCCUCGAACAAAGCCAAGUAAAAUCACCAAAAUCGCCACAGGCACGGCUGCCACCCCGGGGACCCCUCGGGGGCGGGAACGUCCCGCCCAGCCCUGCCCUGUGCACCCCGUGUCUCCAGCCGCGACACCAGCGGCCACGGCCCCGACGUCCCGUCCCCGCGCUGGACCGACCAGCCAUCCCGGCGUGACCGGGUGCAGCCCAGAACGGGUCAGCCCUUCCCCGGCCCCGAGAAGCUCCGGUUUCCCUCCCAUGUCGCUGCCUCCCGACAGCUCCUCCAUCCCCACCAGCUCCUCCGUCCCCACUGGCCGUGGCCCAAGGAGGGAGCGGCAACGCCGCGAACACCGCGUGUCGGCACCUGCACACAGUGGAGCCCAGAGAGCGCUCGGUGUUUGCCUGGACAGCGCUGAGCUGGGCAGAACUGUGGCAACGGGCUGGGAGAACCACGAAACCGGAGCCCCCGCUGAAGAAACAAGGUCUGCGCUCUGGAAGGAAGAUACUGAGAACUCGGGGGUUGCACAGGAACCAGCGGCGGUGCAGAACGGCCCCAGGAGGGGCAGUGCUGGGGUUUGGGUGGGGAACCGGCACAGGACACGGAUCCUGCACCGCCAGAUCCCACCGACACAGCCAGAUCUGAACUGGCACCACCAGAUCCCACCGGCACAGCCAGAUCUGAACUGGCACCACCAGAUCCCACCGGCACAGCGAGAUCUGAACUCGCACAGCCAGAUCCACCAACACUACCCCGUUCAUGGGGGCUGCGCAGGGAAACCUGCACCGCAGAGCUGGGCCGGGGUUCCAGCUGUGCCCGUGGAGCUGGACCGGGGUUCCAGCCGUGCCCGUGGAGCUGGACCGGGGUUCCAGCCGUGCCCGUGGAGCUGGGCCGGGGUUCCAGCUGUGCCCGUGGAGCUGGACCGGGGUUCCAGCCGUGCCCGUGGAGCUGGACCGGGGUUCCAGCCGUGCCCGUGGAGCUGGGCCGGGGUUCCAGCUGUGCCCGUGGAGCUGGGCCGGGGUUCCAGCUGUGUCCGUGGAGCUGGGCCGGGGUUCCAGCUGUGCCCGUGGAGCUGGGCCGGGGUUCCAGCUGUGCCCGUGGAGCUGGUCGGGAUCAGAAGCGCCAGCUGUGGCAGCCGAGACGUUCGGGGAGAAAACACGGAGCCGUGAAGGUUCCUCCUCGCAGCCGAACCACAGGAGCACGGACACCUGGUGUCUGUUAGUGCACGGACACGCGGUGCCGGCAGCCCCGCUCCGCUCUGGGACAGCGGGGGGUUCAUCCCGCGGGUCACAGGGUGACCCCGUCACCCUCGCCUGGCCCAGCUGAGAUGGGCUGCGGUGACUCUGCAGCCGGACGGGCACCGGCAGCCCCAUGGCACCAGCACCGGCUGUGCCAGCACACAGCUGUUCAUGAGAGGUUUUGUGUGCAGGAGCUUGGGCUGGCCCGGGCCCCGCGGCCUCGUCCCCUCCCUCCUGCUCCUCCUCCUCCUCUUCCUCCUCCUCACCCCUCUGCGCAUUCACAGACCCCCGAGCAAACUCCUCUGGAGCUGCAGAGCGAGUGGGGAACCCCUGCGGUCACCGCUGCGGUCACCAUUGGUGUCACCAUUGGUGUCACCGCUGCAGUCACCACUGCGGUGACCACUGCUGUCUCCAUUGGUGUCACCACUGCAGUCACCGCUGCGGUCACCACUGCUGUCUCCAUUGGUGUCACCACUGCAGUCACCGCUGCGGUCACCACUGCUGUCUCCAUUGGUGUCACCGCUGCGGUCACCACGGCCACAUCCCCCCCUGGGCGUCCAGCAUCCCCAGCGCCGGGGUCCCACGUGUCCCCAUCACCACCCAGCAGGUCCCGGGUGUGACACGGGACGCGGGGCAGGGACGAGGCCGGGGUGGGCGCUGGGGGAUCCCCGGGAUCGGGGGACCCGUCACUGGCAGCCCCUGAGGAGCGGGACCCCCCAGCCCCCCGGGGCUGGAAAUGGGAGCCCGGAGCGGCCGCAGGGGCAGACGAACCACGGGAAUGGCAGCAGACAGAUGGAGCCGGGACUUCCCACAGACACGGGAGGAAGCACCGCGAGGAGCGGGCCGUGCCGGGGCCACGGCACAGCAUGGUGACGGGGAACGGCGGCGCGGGGACGGGGAAGGCGGUGCGGGGACACGAGCCGGGCGCGGGGUGAAAACACACCCGGAGCGGGAGACGGAAACUGUUUGGGGGUGAAUUUCACGCUCAAACCCCAACUUUGUCAGCUCAGAGUCGCUCUCCACCUGCGGCGCUGCCGCCUGACGCCCUCGCAAGCGCCUCAGCCCGCUCCGGUGCCAGAGGAGCCGUGCUGCCGCCUCCUCCUCCACCCCCGCGCCACGGGGCAGCGCCCACACCAGAGCUGGGCCGAGGGCUCGGGCCUAGGGCUGAGCCUAAAGGGGUGUUCUGGCCCCACAGGCACAGGGUGAGGUUUCGGGGGGCUCCUCAGGGCUCUGGGGCUUCAUGGGGCACGUGGGACCCUGAGGUGUUAAUCACACUGGUGCUGGGGUUAGGGUCAGGUUUAGGUUUAGGGUUGGGGUUAGGAUUAGGAUUAGCUUUAGGGUUAGGGUUGGCAUUAGGGAUUAGGGUUAGGGUUGGGGUUAGGGCCAGGAUUAGGUUUAGGGUUAGGUCAGGAUUAGGGUUGGGGUUAGGGUCAGGAUUAGGUUCAGGGUUAGUGUCAGGAUUAGGUUCAGGUUUGGGGUUAGGUCAGGAUUAGGUUUGGGGUUGGGGUCAUGGUUAGGGUUAGGGUCAGGAUUAGGUUUAGGUUUAGGGUUGGGGUCAGGAUUAGGGUUAGGGUCAGGAUUAGGUUUAGGGUUGGGGUCAGGAUUAGGUUCAGGGUUAGGGUCAGGAUUAGGUUCAGGGUUAGGGUCAGGAUUAGGUUUAGGGUUGGGGUCAGGAUUAGGUUCAGGGUUAGGGUCAGGGUCAGGUUCAGGGUUGGUCUGUCCCCGCACCCCAGGGCAGCAGGGACCCCGUCCCUCCCCACCGCAGCCCCGGGGGCUCAGGCUGCCCCGGGCCCCUCCCCGGCCGGGUUAGUGGCUCCUGUCCCGGUCCAGCCCCACAUCACCAGCCCAGCCCCAGUCCAGCCCCGCUCCGCUGCGGCUCCUGUCCCGGUCCAGCCCCGCUUUGCUGCGGCUCCUGUCCCGGUGCAGCCCCGCUUUGCUGUGGCUCCUGUCCUGGUAAAGCCCCGCUCCGCUGCGGCUCCUGUCCCGGUCCAGCCCCGCUUUGCUGCGGCUCCUGUCCCGGUCCAGCCCCGCUUUGCUGCGGCUCCUGUCCCGGUCCAGCCCCGCUUUGCUGCGGCUCCUGUCCCGGUCCAGCCCCGCUUUGCUGCGGCUCCUGUCCCGGUCCAGCCCCGCUUUGCUGCGGCUCCUGCUGUGAAGCCGACAGACAGCGGCUGCAGCUGGGUGGGCAGGGGGUGUUGAAUAGAGAGAUGUCACCAUCGAGUCACAGUAACUGUGCUCUUCGCGCUGCGGAUCAGGGCGUGAGCUUUCCUCUGAACAGCUGCAGCUCUUUAAUCUGGCUCCAGAGCUCGGGGGUAACCGAGCGUGUUAAUCCCAGCAGGUCUGUGCCGGGCACAGCUGCCAGGCAAAUGAUCCAAACACAUCGUUCAGUGCAGGAGGCUGCUGGACACCCAGACCUGGACGGAGCUUUGCAGGAGAGGAACAGCACAGGAUCAUGGAAGUGGUUUGGCUGGAAAAGCCCCUCAAAUCACGGAGUCCAACCAUAACCCACCCGGCUCUGCCCCACGUCCUGAGAACCUCCUGUCCGUCUGUCCAGCCCUCCAGGGCUGGUGACUCCAGCACUGCCCUGGGCAGCCUGUUCAAUGCCCCACAGCCCUUUGGGGAAGAAAUUGUUCCUAAAUCCAACCUCAACCUCCCCUGGCGCAACUUGAGGCUGUUUCCUCUGCUCCUGGCGCUUGUUCCUGGGGAGCAGAGCCCGACCCCCCUGGCUCCAAGCUCCUUUCAGGCAGUUCAGAGAUCAGAAGGUCUCCCCUCAGCUCCUGUUCUCCAGCUGAACCCCCAGGUCCCUCAGCCGCUCCAUCACACUUGUGCUCCAGCCCCUCACCAGCUCCAUUCCCUUCUCUGCACUCGCUCCAGCACCUCAAGGGAUGUCCUGUAGUGAUGGGCCCAGAACUGCCCCCAGGAGCCCCCAGGAGGGAGCCCAGGUGGUUUGGGCUCCCCAGGUCCCAGCACGGGAAGGUCACUGCGCUGCUCCCACCGGCCCCCGCGGUGCUGGUUCGCUGGUCGGAGCUGGUCCCACAGGUGAGCUGCGCCAGCACGUGCCUGGGUGACAAAAAGGAGCUGAAAAUGGCAGCAAGGU